AUGUCCCCUACCAAGCAAGAGGCGGCUAUGCUAACCAUAAUUGAUGCUCAACUGUGCAACCUCGCAAAGCGUUCUCAAAACCCAAAGUUUCCUUCUCAAUCUCGCCCCGGCGAGGAAUUUGAGACAUCAUCCACGGAAAGCCCUGCGGAAGCAGAUGGGUGCUCCUCUACAAAAGCAUCAAAGAGUCCGCAGGCAAUGCCUGCGAAGACAAAACGGAAUAUCUGGUUCAGCACUCUUGCUCUGCUCAUAUAUACGAGCGCCUUAGCUCUCGCCGCUGCCGUCACCCAUCUCGCUAUGUUCCUUUAUCUCCACGGCCGCCUCGUCGAUGAUGGCAUUCCUCAGGCCUAUGUCUCCACAAUCUCUGCGGCUCUUACCCAUCUCUUCUCCAUGGGCUUUAGUACCUGUAUGGCAGUCGGUAUGGCUCAAGCACUCUGGUAUUAUCUACGAAAGAAGCCGCUUCCGAUCCGAACAGUCGACAAUCUGUUUAAACUGUUGCAAAAUCCGCUGGGUGCUCUGGAUCUGACAAUACUACUUACAGCCCCUUUCAUGGUUCUUUUCGCGGUUGUAUUGCUUAUCUUGCGGAUUGCGGUCAUCUUUCCUCCAGGUGCAUUGGUCAUCGCUCUUGCAGAGUACGAGACCGUCAGAGCCUACAACGUCAAGGUCGCCGACUAUUCUCAACCUCCAGCAUACCUGUCAUUUUCAAAUGGCACGUGGCCCGCUAGCCACGACGGUCUCACUACGGCAAAUGGAAUUUGGCGGACGCUCCUGACCUUGAGCGCGGACUCGAUGUCGAUUGACUUCGACACAGAUCCAUUAACUGUCCCAUUACGGUUAUACUCGUCGUCACCCUGUGGUCCGGACUGCAGAUACGAAGUAGAAGCAGCUCUCCCUUCUGUCCAAUGUGAGCCUGGUCUUAGUCUAGAUCUCAUACAGCACUUGCAUCAGACUGAGAAUGUCUACGACAUGGAUUACGAGUCGUUCUCUUCGCUCAAUUUCAGCUACAUGGCAGUUUCACACAUAAAGAGAGAGGAUAUUCACGGCCAGAUGACAUAUACACUCAGGUUUGAUGUAUCAUUCGGCGCUAGGGACUCGCUGAACUACACGUGCAGCAUCUUCUCAAACCGCGCCCGAUUGCAGCUUUCAUGGAGUCCAAAGGGUAAUUCGGUCACGGUGCUUUCAAGAUCCAGCAAGAUAUUUAAUGCGUCAAUGUUAAUCGAUCCCUUCUACGUAAAACCAUACCUCCAGGCAGGGAGUGAAAGUGCAACACCGCAAUUGGCGGAGUCUGGAGCAUCUUCAUUUCCGACAAAUUUUGACUGCCUGGCCCAGUCAUGGGAUUGCAAAGCACUAUCCGAGUUUUCAGGUUAUUUGCAAAUGCUUCAGCCCUCCUCAGGAUGGGUGAGCGCGAAUCCAAACGCGACCACGGCCUUACCCAUAGGUACUUGCGAGGAUCCAGUGCGCCUUGGUUUUCUUACUGAUAUCAGACAAACCGAACGGAUCUUCUGGAACGCGAGCGUCCAACAAUUUGUGCACAUUAACCUCGUGUCGCAUGCGCUGGUCAAUGCGACGACCGUUACUCACGCUAACACCUAUCAGUUCGAGAAACGCUUGAACCUCUAUUUGCCCUACGGUACGAGUCUCGCCGUGUCCGCCGCCCUCCUGGGGCUCUCAAUCUUCUUUCUCAACGACAACGGCUUCGGCGGCGGCGCAGGCUUUCUUCACAUCCUGUGCAACACUGCAACCCUCAACUCUCGCAUAAGAGCAUUAGCCUUGCAAAGCGCUGGUCGCGACGCAGCAGCUAGACCUGCAGAGCUUCUGGAGGAAAGAGUCAAGUUUGGCAUUGUGCACUGUGAGGACGGAGUGAGAAGGGUUGGCUUGGGCGUAGAGGAAGACAUUAAUAUCUGA